CGUGGAAGGUGUGGCUAGCUGUAGUCAUUCAUCGCGUUAGAACGUUGAAGCGCGAUGUUUGUGGAAUAUAAUGUGCAUAUUUGGAGGUUAGAGGUCGCCAGAGCGACUGCUACCGGAGCUUCGGAAAACCUGGCGAGAAAUAGACUGUGAUCGGGUUCACUGAAGGAAUGGGAGCAGAGGGACUGGCCUGGUUUGUGUGAGAUCAUGGUGCCAUAGCAUGAGUCUAGCUUGCCAUAUAAACAAAGUGUGUUCUGCCUAAGCAGGAAGCUCUACCUUCAUCAUUGGUCGAAUCCUCCCUGACACAAUGUCACUAUCUGCACUGUCACUUAGAAUUAAACUCUCCUGCUGUACUCAAAGGAGCAGCAUAUAUAUUCUAUUGAAAUGGAAGCAUAUUGCAGUGCAGUGUCAAAGAUGCCCACUCAGACUCUGUAAAUUACAAGUCCUGCCAAAAAUAGCUAUGAUUUGUUGGGGGAUAAAACAUGUGACAACUACAGCCUUAUGUGACAAACUAACUCCCACAGAAUUAGCAGGUGGAAUUGCUGUGAAUUAUGGAGCAGAUUUUGGUAACCGUAAUCCCUCUGACAGUAUACUGAAAAAAAUAAAUUUUGUCAUUUACUUGGGUAUUCGGGCUUGCAUUCUCAUAUUAAAAUUUGGGCCACUUGUAGUAUUCUAUCCAUUAACUUUCCUAUCUGCCACUCUUUCCUCACUCUGGCUACGAAUUUUGCUGAAAGCUACAGAAACUUCCGGUCCAGCAUGUAUUAAACUUGGCCAGUGGGCUAGCACUCGCCGUGACAUUUUUUCUGAAGAGUUUUGUGCACUGUUUUCCAAACUUCAUGUCAAAGUGACUCCCCAUCCAUGGGAUUACACAGAGCGUUGCCUGCAGAGAGCAUUUGGGAAUGACUGGAGGCAUCUUCUUAAGUUCCAGAGCACAGAUCCUGUUGGUUCAGGGUGUGUUGCCCAAGUCUAUAAGGCCUACGCAGACCUGUCCAGAUUCCGUAACGUGGACAUUGAAACUCCUAUUGAGAGUUCAGAUCCAAACUCUGCUUUUGAAGCCUGGGAGGUUUCAAGACUGGCUGUUAUUUUACAACAUUUUUGGAAAUGGAAGCAUCCUCACAAAGAAGAUGAAAAACAGAGAGUCUUUGUGGAAGGGGCUUUUGAUAUCAACCAUGAACUCACUGGUUCACUCAGUGAAGAUUCAGAAGAACAUAACUUAACACCAGUUGCUAUAAAAGUAAGAAUCCUGAAUCCACUUUAACAAUAAGCAUACGAUAAAGACCAGUGAUAAUUUAGGUGGGGAGAUAACGUUAUUAUGCAUCUUUGAUUUAAAAAUGUCAACAAAAAUCCCUGGAUAUGACAUGAAAUGACAUGAAAUCCCUGGAUAUGACAUGAAAUAAUUUUCAUGACUUAUUCACUAAAGGCACUUUAAGGGUACAUCUCUGCAUUUAAGUGGUAAGGCAGGUUUUUUUUACAGUCACCCACCUCACUUUAUCAGUAUACUUUUGUUACAUAUAUUUAUGAUUGUGUCAGAUUUUUUAUGGGAAGUAGAGGUUAAAAUGGGCUUCAGUUCAUGAUGCUGGAUUUGGAUAUUCUAAGCACCAUAAAGGUCUUACAGGAAACGCUGCCAGACCUGGUAGAUUUAGAGUUUUUGCCAUGGUGUAAUUCCACCUCUGGCUCCAGUCAAUCGGCCUGUAUCAAUUGUAUCCAGGUAUUGCAUGCUGCUCACACAACGUGAGCUGAGCUCAUCCUACUCCCAGGAAAGAGAAGAGCCGUGGGCCAUGCAAGCUUGGACCAGGGCUCUGCCAAGAGCAGGACAUAUUUAACUAAAUAGUAAACUAGUCUAUAUGUAUUCUGAUCGCAUCCAUGGUAUGGAACUACUCUUCGGGAUAAUUUUCUAAUCCCAUCACCCCCCGCUGUGCAGACAUUAAUAGGAUAAUAGUUUUUUCUUGAUGUGGGAGUGUUCUGCCUGCAUUAAAUCAGCACCAUCACCUUCUGGGGACUUUGCCGAAUUCACAAUGAUACCACACACAGUGACAUAGCCCCCUGUGGAUUCAAUGGUCGUGGGCUACAGGUAAAGGUGAGAUUUACUGACUUAAAGCUGACCCUUGCCAGCGCCGCCAUCUUCUUCUCGCAGUUCUUCUUGAAGUGGCAGGAGCCAUCGUAACUGCUGAACUCUCGCCCAUGCAAAAUGUAUGCAAAAAUAGCCAACCUGUGACUAUAGCUGUGUUGGAGAUUUUCUUUGUUUCAAAUCAUAUUUUGCAAACAUGUUUUUCAAUUGUGGUUUAAUUUCACAAAAGUUGAAUUAGUGAUGACUUCCUGGAUUUCUAAUUUACCUUGUCACCAAACCUAACUUAUUUUUAUAUAGGUCCUGCAUCCAGGCCUAAGCCAGCGUGUUAGAAUGGAUCUUGUUCUCAUGAAGAAAUUUAGCUAUUUACUGGGGUUGAUCCCUGGAUUUAAGUGGCUAAGUUUGACCGAGAUUGUGGAGGAGUUUGAGAAGUUGAUGACCCAACAAGUGAGUUAUACAUUUGCCAUGUGUUUGUCCAAAUCACUGGUACCAUUUUUAACGGUAAAGUAAAGGUCCAUGGAUUGUAUUCUAAAGCUUCCCAUAUUCUCAUAUUAAGAAGUUUCUCAAAUGAAUUUAUAGAUAAUUUACCAUAUGUAACUGUGGAGAAGAAUAGUCCAAAAACAACUGAAGAAAAGACUUUACAUCCAGCUAUGCAGAAAACUCUAUAACUAACUUUAAGCACUAGCGAUAUUUGUGAACUGUAUUUCUCCUGAAGUAUGAGAUCAGUAGUCCUUUAGAAGACUGUGACAUACUUUGCCAAUUUUAUAGGAUCUAUCUGUAUGUGUCAGUGUUUGUAUCUGUGUAUCUGCAUCAGUUUGUGUAUCUGUGCAUCUGCAUGUGUGUCAGUUUUUGUAUCUGUGUGUCUUUGUAUCUACAUUUAUGUCAGUUUGUAUCUAUCUGCAUGUGUGUCGGGGUGUAUCUGUGUAUCUCCAUAUGUGUUAGUAUUAGUAUUUUUGUGUAUAUCUAUAUGUGUGUCAGUGUUUGAAUCAGUGUGUCUGUGCAUCUGCAUGUGUGGCAGUUUGUGUGUCCCAGGGGUCUCCUGAUGGAAACGGAACUCCAGUCCCUUUGUCUCCUGUUCCCGCCACCCCUCCUCAGGGUCUCCCACCUCCGUUGACCAGGGGGUCUUCAUCCCGUGAGCCUCUGUACCUGGGAGCCCCAGCGCAGGAAAACUACUCAUCUUCUGGACUCCCAGUUACAGAAAGUCCACCAAACCGCCAUUGUCCCCAAAGAGUGUCCCCACCAAUCUCAGGGACCCCCCAGAACGGUAACCGCCAUGAACAGCCUCCAUUCGCGGGGUCCCUGGGUGAAACCAGGCAAGGGAAACGUCUCCUUUCAGGAUACGAAUGCUCCCCCUGGCCGCCACUCGUCUAUACUCCCAGCGGCCACCCAGGGAAGCACUCAUUAAUUACUUUCCUUGCAGUUUCACACUUAUGUUGCGAGUCGUACUUGGGGAGAUCCUCAUUCGGGAACGAGGUGGGAAGCAAUCCACGACUGCUCCCCCUGGAUGGCGUUCGUCUAAGGAAUGGGCUGCCACCCAGGGUAAGCACACGCCGAGGCUUCCCUUGCGGUUUGUGGUUUUGACACCUCAUUACGAGGUGCAAACAUUCUAAGACAACAUUCUAAUUGGGGUUUCGUGAUGGUAGAGGGAAAUACAUGACUAAGAUAGGAAAAAUACACAAAAGGGAUGUUAAGACAGUAACAUCAGUAACCUCCUUGGAAUCUCCUGUUAGUCAUCUCUGUUUUGGCUAAAUCAGCAAAAUAUUCAGGCUUAAUACAGAAUAAUCUCACAUUUCUCUCACCUUCUGGUGGGCUGCCUUUAUUAUUUGAGACAGUUGUUCCUGUCCAAUAGGUUUUAAAUCUGUUAUUGGUUUGUUACAAUUAAUAUUGGGAUCUGAUCCCUUUUUCUGUCUUCCUUAAACCAGAAUAAAAUGUGUGAGUAAACACUUUACCUUGUUAAACAGCAGGAAUUCCUCUGGUCUCGUCUUAUUUUCUUGCUCUUUUAGAUGGACCUGCGGUAUGAAGCCAGGAAUUUGGAGCUUUUCCAGCAAAAGUUUGAGAGAGUGGGUUAUAUAAAGUUUCCCAGCCCUCUUCGACCGCUCGUUACCAGAAAUAUCUUGGUCGAAACAUAUGAGGUAACUGUUUACAGUUAAUAUAAAAUUAAGUGGUAAAUUGGAUAAUGCAGUUUAAUUAAAAUUAUACUGGCAAUAAAACCCUAUCGUAAUUGCAUUUGAGAAGUGUGUACACUUUCUUGCUUGACAUUUGUUCACUAAACAGUGAAUUGUAAUAGCCAAUAUUUUUACAAUUUUGCUUUGGCCUGUGUUAUUUUUGUAUUCCAUUUAUCUAUUGUCCCAGACUAGGCAACACUGGACACUUGUUGACUGCAUAAUUCUGUAGCACCCGAUGUGAUACCCUACUUUUAAUGGUACAAAUCUCUGCUAUAUACCUUGACAAGAUGGCAUAAUCAUUGUGCAUGCAUCAGCCCAUACAGUUGGUCAGAGUUUAUAUAUUACGUUUCUAUGUUGUUUUUGGUAACACAGGACCUAUCAUGAAAAAUUAUAUUUUGAGUAUAUAUACCUUCUCCAGCCUCUCUUGAUAACUAAAAAUAAUUUAGCAGAGCAGGGCACACUGAGCUCCUGCCACUGCCCCAAAUAAUAAGACAGACAAGCCAUUACCCAGGAUACACGGCAGCUGAGCCUGGAGUAAAGAUUAAAAGGGCACUCCACAGCAUGUCUUUGUUAAUGCAUUGUAUAGAUAAUACAUUAAAAUGCACACAAAUUGGUUAUCUAAAUAAAAGAUUUAAAAAGUUUUUCUAUUUAGUGUAUGUCCCCUUCUGGGCAGGUAUUGACCCACCUGCCUGUUCAGCUUCUCCAGGCAGGUAUUGCCCCAUAUACCUGUCCCUCAGUCUCCCAGGUAGGUAUAAGCCUCUCUGGCUGCACUGCCUCCAACUACUACUGUCUUUACAAAGGCACUUGUUGCUCUUACGCCUGGCUCUUUAUUUAUAUGUCCCCAGAACCAGGAACUGGUGCAACCAGAAAGCUGGUCCAAAAACUCUGCUACUGGAAUCCCUGAACAAACCAGACAGGACACUCAGUUCCCAAUAGAACUAGCACACAAUACUUUAUUUAUACGCAGGACUAGCCCCCAUCUGCAUUACAUAAAAAAUAUGGCGACACAUUAAAUCCAAUACAUAAAACAUAAUGAUAUGGAGCAUCAUAAAGGCACUCGUAUAACAAAAUACAAUAUUUAUAAAGGUACAGGAAAGACAAACACUGAUAAGAAGUAUGUCACCUGCCUGUAUAAAUCCUAAUAUUCAGUCUACCUGCAUAUGCAAAUUAACAAACCUUGGUAUUCAGUUUGUGCUCACAGCUGUGUUAUUGGACACUGCAGGUUAGGAGGAAGGUACUGAAAGAUAGCUGACCUACUACUUUGCAAAUAUACAGUAGCAUAUCAAAAGUUAAUCUCAAUUUUGAUACCUGUAAUUAUUUGACAUUACUGCAUAGUGUUAUUGGAAUAAACUCCAUAUUGUCUAUGGCUCUUUCAACCUACUAACCUCUCUAGCAGCUUUCCAUGCUCAGUCAAAAUACCUAUACUACCUCUGUUAAGGGAAACCUCACCUUACAUUUAAUUGUAUUUAGCUCAGUAAUUCGGCAUUUCUACAGAGAGAGGAUGUAUGCACUGUUAAAAGAACACUCCAAGCACCAAAAACAGUAAAACUCACCUCAUACUACUAUCUCUUCAGAGCCUGCGUUAUAGGUUCAUUGAGCAAACCAACUAACACAAUAAGCCAAGUCCUGCAUUGCCGUAUAGCUAAUGGAUGUUUUAGCUGAGCUCCCUGGAGAUGGUAGUGAUAGCAGGGAGCAGCGGCUGGUGGACCCAGGUAAGAAACCAAACUGUUCAAAAAAUGGUCUGAUUCUUUACACUGGGCUCCAGGACACUUUUGGAACCAUCACCACUACAGCAGGUUGUAGUGGUUAUGGUGCUUGGAGUUUUACUUUUUAAGUUACUAUAAUUCAUAAUAUUGACAAAUGAACCUGCACCAUGACUGCUAGCAGUUGAUGACCCGAUGACGUGUUGACACUGUUCUUCUUCCUUUCCAAGUUUCUUUCUUUUUAUUACAUUAUAAUUUAGCAGUUUUAUGUUUCACCUUUUAAAGGAAGGAGAAUCUCUGUCUGUCUACCUGCAAGAUGGUGAGCCGUCUCUGCUCAAAAAGAGGAUUGCUGAAAUGGGGGUGGAUAUGCUUCUAAAAAUGGUAAAUGAGAUUUCAUGAAAGCGAACAUUCACCUGAUGUAUAUUCAUUAAAACUCCAGAAGUUCUGUACAAUUGGCAAGAGAACGGGAAAUUGCCCUGCUGUUUUGCAGUUUGUUUAAAUAAAAAUAAAACCUCCAUUCUAGACUUAACACAUUAACGCCAUUAGGGCGUACAAUGCCAUCCUGAAAAAAGUGGGCUUUAACCCCUUAUGGAUGCAUAACAGACCCAGUCCGUCAUGCUGGGGAAGCCUUUAAGGACUAAAAUUAACCCCAAGUUGCCGCGAUUGUGGGGUUAACGCUCCUCCGGUCUGCCACUGUAUUUGAGGGGUGGGUGGAAGUUAGUGGGGAAUUUUGGAAUUUGGUGUUAGGCUAGCUAGGGGUUAACGUUAAAAAACUUUAAAAAAAAGCUUUAGAAAGUUUAAAAAAGUUUAAAAAAAUUAAGAUAACGUUAACAAAAUCCCACCCCCCCCUUUACCCAGUCCUAAUAAAAAUUAACCCCUUCCAUGCCAGUUGAGCACUGCCUACCGUGAUCAAAAUACAGCUCAUAGUAUUAUUCUGUGAUCUGAUUUUUUUAAACCCCUGAGGGUUAACUUUUUAAAAAAAAUGUUUUUAACCCUCAGGGGUUCAAUUAUUUCAUUAAUUAAUUUAAAUAUUUUAAAAUUAUAUAUAGGAGAAUUUACUAUUAGUCCUACUUACUGCUAGUUAGGGGUUAACGGUAAAAAAAAGUUAUACAAAUUGUAAGUGUCAAAAAUUUUUAAGAAAGUUUAAAAAAGUAAAACAAAAAUUUAAUUAGUAAAUGAAAAAGUUAAAAAAAAGUUUUAUAAAGUAAAUAAAGUUUAAAAAAGUAACAAAAUACAUUAAAUGCUCAUUACCACUACACCUGGAACAAACUAGCGAAAAAAUUAUCCCACACUAAGGUUCAAAAUAUGCCUUUUGAAAUACCCUGGGGUGUAUUCUUUAAUAAAUAGUAUGUGUUUGUGGUAAAGUUUGAAUAACCAACCAGCCAAAAUACUCCAAAAUGAAACAUGGACACAGUGUAAAACUUCAAAGUUAGUUGGAAUAUAUAGCCUGCUAAAAUACUCCAAACUGGGAACUGUACACAGCGUAAAAAUUCAAAGUUUAAAAAAAAAACUGGAAUGGCUGUGUCACAAAUGUGCCCCUUCAAUAUCCACAUGUACCUGGCAGGUACAUAGGUACAUACGAGGGUAAAGCUACAUACGGGGGUAUUGCGGUACUCAGACAACAUAGCUAAGCAACAUAUGAAGUAUUAUACAGUCGUAGCACACAUAAGGUUUGCAAACUAUACUGUGCAUACUCACUUUGUGUGUCAAAAAGGCAGAAAAAAUGCUUAUUACCACUACACUUGGUAGUGUUUAUUUAUUAGAUUGUUCCUUUUAAAGAAGUUGGGGCAAAGGCGAUACUAUGAUAAUAUUAGAAAUGACUGCCUUGCACAUUUAAUUAUUUUCUGUACAGUGCUCUCAUUUGAAGCACCGAUAAGCAGAUUCGGGAUUUUACAAUUGCUGAUAGACAAUUUUGCUUCACAAUCUCAUUCUCAAAAUAUCAUAAGAAAUGACUAAGUAUCAUGAAAUCUCAUAUUUUAAUGCAUUGUAGAGAUAAUUAACUAUUAUGCAAAGAAAUAAAAAAAGAUAUACUCGCCUUCGAUAUCUGUAGCUGCACCCUCACCAUGAAGGUGCUUCAUCGAUCAAAAGCCUUUCAUUCUUGCUUAUGAGUUCUGAUCCUAUUCUAUAAACUCCUGUAUGGUGGCAGAAUUUUAUGUGGUAAGUAGUAAGUAGUUUAUCCCACAAGGUAAGUAGUUUAUCCCACAUAUAGGAACUGCUCAAUAAACCAAUAGCAGUCAUCCCACAGUUACAGCUCAUACACAACCUGGUGAACAGUUUAGUAAGCCGUGUGCAGUGCCACCUACUACAUUUAGUUUAGGGUUGAAAUAAUUUUGUUUCUGCAGCCCUAACCAUACCAACCCUGCAUGUGACUUACACAGGUUGCAUGAAAUAAUGGUUUUAUUUUCAAAAAAAUCUUAUAGCACAGUUUGUUUACUUUAGAAGUUCUUAACUGUUCUUAAAUGUUAAGUGAAUUAUAAUCCCAUGUGGAAGACUGCUGCAAGCAAGUAAUAGAUUGAAAUAUAAAAACAUCCCAACUAAACACCCUGUGCAUAAAUAAAGUGAUUUAACUCUUAAAUGGGAGAUAAUUUAGCAGUGGGGUUGCAUGAUCUAUACACCAAAACCACUUAAUUAUGCUAAAAUGGUAUUUCUGCUUAGAAUGUCCCCUAAGAAUUGCUACAGUUACUCAACCGGGAGAGCAGUUGUUCCUUUGCAGAGUGUUUCAUUUCCAUGGAAAUGAAAUAUUAAAUGUAGGGUUCUCUGAAUAGAACUUAACCUCACAAUGCAUGUGAUUUUUUUUUUAGGUAUUUCUGGAUAAUUUUGUCCAUGCUGACCUGCACCCUGGUAACAUUUUAGUGCAAGGAGCAGAACAAUUCAAUAUGAGCCACAUGGACCAAACCACAUUAGUAGACAUGUGUGACACGCUGGUUGUUGAUGUUCGUCCCAGCCGCUGCCCUCUCCGUCUUGUAUUGUUGGACACUGGGAUUGUGGCUAAGCUGACAGAAAAUGAUCUUCAGAAUUUCCAUGCUGUUUUCACUGCUGUGGUACUGGGACAGGUUCGUCUGAUUAUGGCAUUUUACUUUUAUAAAAAAUAAAAUGUAGAUCAAUAACAAUACAACAAACUUUUAUGACUAGAUCCGUGUGUCUGAAAAGUUUUUUCUGCUUAUAAUGUUGAUAGGGCCAUAUAAAUAUAUACUUAUGUCUAGUGAUCUAUGCCAGUCUAUGAUACAAUUCCUAUGGCAGUAUCUACACAAACUAUGGACAUUCAUGGACAUUUAUAAUGUCUUCCGCAGUAUAUCCUUGUGUCUGUCAAGUGUUGGGGCAAAAUUUUGGUAGCACUACGUGAUACUUUUUGAGUCCCACUGCUUCAAGUUUUGAGUUCCACUGCUUCACAGUUGCUAAUCUGUAGCACUGUUUCAAUUUUGCCUAUGUUGGCGGGCUUUGCUGGGAACAGUUUUAUACCCCCAUGUAUUUAUUCAUUUUUUUGUCAGAGCCAAAAGCAGACACUUCAGUGCCUUGCCUACUCCUACCAGAUCCUCUCACCCCCUAUGUAAGUAACAAGACUCUCAUCACUAACCUCAUGUUGAAACAAUUUUAUAAUCUGAGUCUAUGUGGUGCAGCCACAUGCCUGUUCUCUACAGACAUCUGCUGCAGUGCUACCUGUGAGACGUUAUAUAACUGGGUAGCUAGUGUUUAUUUUACUGUAAGGCAGCUUGUAUUAUUAAAAUAUAUUUUAACCACUGUAGUAGUUAUGGUGCUAGGAAUGACCCAGAGCCAUUCCAGAGUAAUUUGCCAAAUAGUUUGACAAAUUGCCUGGAUUCACCUAGGUGCCUGGAGUGUUUCUUUAAACCACAGACUAGUUUUGUUCUCCUAUGAUACAGCUCAUUACUCUGUUGUAGCUGUUGCUAAUUAGUACUUAGCACUGUCUAGUAUCAAUUUAUUAAUAUCUGUUAUAAAAACAUAGAGACAUAGAAUGUGACGGCAGAUAAGAACCAUUCGGCCCAUCUAGUCUGCCAAAUUUUCUAAAAACUUUCAUUAGUCCCUAGCCUUAUCUUAUAGUUAGGAUAGCCUUAUGCCUAUCCCAUGCAUGCUUAAACUCCUUUACUGUGUUAACCUCUACCACUUCAGCUUGAAGGCUAUUCCAUGCAUCCACUACCCUCUCAGUAAAGUAAUACUUCCUGAUAUUAUUUUUAAACCUUUGUCCCUCUAAUUUAAGACUAUGUCCUCUUGUUGUGGUAGUUUUUCUUCUUUUAAAUAUAGUCUCCUCCUUUACUGUGUUGAUUCCCUUUAUAUAUUUAAAUGUUUCUAUCAUAUCCCCCCUGUCUCGUCUUUCCUCCAAGCUAUACAUGUUAAGAUCCUUUAACCUUUCCUGGUAAGUUUUAUCCUGCAAUCCAUGAACCAGUUUAGUAGCCCUUCUCUGAACCCUCUCUAAGGUAUCAAUAUCCUUCUGAAGAUACGGUCUCCAGUACUGUGUACAAUACUCCAAGUGAGGUCUCACCAGUGUUCUGUACAAUGGCAUGAGCACUUCCCUCUUUCUACUGCUAAUGCCUCUCCCUAUACAACCAAGCAUUCUGCUAGCAUUUCCUGCUGCUCUAUUACAUUGUCUGCCUACCUUUAAGUCAUCAGAAAUAAUCACUACCUGAAUUUGCAACAUAACCCACAUGAAAAAGAGAGGUUAGUGAUUAACCAGUGCAAGAAGCUGAACGGGAGCUUUAGAGGGAUACGUAGAGCCUUAUAACGAUGCAUGCAACCAAUGCAAUAGCCUACAUAUAUAGUGACCCGAAGGGUUCCCGGCAUCCUCCUCAUGGUCUCAAAUGUGGAAGCACUAUUUAUUAAUAAAUUGAGGGUUUUGUGGUAUGAAGGCACCACUUUGUGGUAUGAAGUGAGUUUUAAAAAAAAAGUGCUCUACCUAUUUUUUUUUUUUUCAAAUUGACAAUUUUUAUUUUUCAGAGAUCAAGUGGGGUACAGAAAGGAAAAGGGGUUGGGGGGAUCACCUUUUCACAUAACAUGUAAUUUUGUUUCAGUAAUUAGUAGGUUCUGUCUCUUGCGGUUUUAUUUCAGUGUCUGAACGGUAGGGACCAUGAGGAGGAUGCCGGGAACCCUUCGGGUCGCUAUAUAUGUAGGCUAUUGCAUUGGUUGCAUGCAUCGUUAUAAGGCUCUACGUAUCCCUCUAAAGCUCCCGUUCAGCUUCUUGCACUGGUUAAUCACUAACCUCUCUUUUUCAUGUGGGUUAUGUUGCAAAUUCAGGUAGUGAGAUCCUCCAACUGGGAGAUAACAAGGGAAAAGGUGUAGGGAAAAAAGGGGGGGGGGAGAAGUGUGUAUCUUCGUGUGAUGUAGCGCUUGGCUUCAUGUUGUAAUGGUGAGUGGUGAUAGUUGUGCAUUGGCGGUAUGGCUUUCCGGGGUCUAUGCCUUUGCCGUGUUUGUAUUUGCCUCGGAGUCUCAUUGGUCCAUUGUGGAGUCAGUGCGGGGGUGCGGUUUCUAAAGCUCGUCGUGUGUGUCGGAAGAGUUCAGUCUGUGUGAGGUGUUGUGAGUGGCCUUUCCUUGAAUAGCGUGGGGUGGGGUAUCUGUUCCAGAAACUAUUCCGUCUCUUAGGUUCACCCAGGGUGCCCAAUCGGUUUGGAAGUUUUCCCUUUGAGCGACAGUUUUGGUAGACAAGCUUUCAUAUGUGUAGUAUUGGUGGAUUUUGUCUAGCAGUUGGGUUCGGGAGGGACAGUGGGGUUGUUUCCACUGAGUUGCUAUCAGAUUUCUCGCUGCCAGGAUUACAAUGGCCAUUAUGUUUCGUACAUAUUUUGGGGUGGGGUGUGGGUAUGAGAGGAAUAUCCCCGUGUGUAUGUCGAUUAGCGGUAAUGUAAUACCCAUAGAUAGCAAAACAGUUUGUGCCUCCCUCCAUAGAGGUCUUAUACGUUGACACGUCCACCAUAUGUGGAGCAUUGUGCCCUUAGCAGCCACGCAUCUCCAGCAGUGUGGGGAUACAUUGUUGUACAUCGAGUGGAGUCGCUGGGGUGUUAGGUACCAUCUAUAUAUCAGCUUUUUAUGGGCCUCUAUGUGAGAGUAGCACUGCGUGAGGCCUGAAAGGGCUCGGGGGGAUGCCAAAACUUCAGUGUCAGAUAUCGAGCCUGCGCCCUCAACGAGCCAUUGGGUUACAAAGUUAGGGAUAACCAUGGGUGUAGCCCUGAGGAUUAGCUGAUAGCAAAGGGAAAGUGACUUAGGUUUGGUAGGAGUUUUCCAGCACCUGUCGUAUAGUGAUGCUAUGUCUUUGAAGUCUGGGUCAUUAAGCAGUGGAUUCUGUGUAACGUGUGUGGGGAGUACACUUUUAAGUUGCAGGUAUGGAAACACUGAGGAAUUAGUAAGUUUGAAUUCCUCCUGCAGGUCUGGGAAGGGUUUAAUGAGGCCUUCGUGCAGGACUUGUUCUAUGUGGGUAAUUCCCAGUUUGACCCAUGAGUGUAGGGAGAGCCAAGGUGAUAUUGCUUUUAGUGCUGUUAAUGGCGUGCGGGGGUGAAAUUUGUGAGUGUCGUGAUGGUUUUGACGUAGCUUGUCCCAGUGAAAUAUGGUUAGUUUAGUGGUCGGUAAAAGGGAUUUGUCUUUGGGCCGAUAUGUCGCGGGGGUCCACAAGAGAUCGACCAAGGACGUCUUGCCCGCGUGGGCGACUUCCAUGUUCACCCACUGGUACACUCCUUUAUGGGUGUGCAGUUUCACUGCUGCCUCUAUGAUAGCUGCUUUAUAGUAGGCGUGUAUAUCUGGCAAACCCACUCCCCCUUUUGCUGUGCUUUGUUGUAGGGUUCGGUGUGACAGUCUGGGUCUGCGAGAGUCCCACACGUAUUGGGAUAGUGUCUGUUGGAGUGUUUUAAAAAAGGAGGGUGGGACUUGUAUGUGAAGUAGGCGGAAUAUGUACAGUAUCUUCGGGAUUAGGACCAUUUUGAUGGUGUUGAUUCUGCCGAACCAGGAUAGUUUCACCGGUUUCCAUCUAUUACAUUCCGAUUUGCACAUCGUGAGUAGUGGUCUAUAAUUAUAAUGAAAUAUGUGUUCCACAGUGGGCGCUAUUUUAACCCCCAAGUAUGUGAUGUAAUCCGUCCUCCAGUCAAACUUAUAUGUCCUAAAAAGCUCUGUGGUCGUGGCCCGCGGUAGGCCUACCGGUAGGGCUUGGGUUUUGGCUUGAUUUAAUUUAUAGUACGAUAAUGUACCAUAUGUUUCUAACAGCUGUAAUAGGGUGGGUAGAGAUGUUGGUAUGUCGCGCAGCGUCAGUAAGAUGUCGUCUGCGAACAUAGAUAAUUUGUAUUCACAAGGACCUAUAGACAUACCUUUGAUAUUAGGGUGGUGUCUAAUGAUGUAUGCCAGCGGUUCUAAGCAGAGGACAAACAGUAGUGGUGAGAGGGGGCAGCCCUGCCUGGUGCCGUUGGAAAUUGUAAAUGGGGUGGAUAGGAAGCCCGCAUUACUCACUUGUGCUGAGGGGGCGUUAUAUAAGGCCAUGAUUCCGGAGAGGAUUUGUGGGGUAAAGCCGAAUGUUUGUAGGACUUUUCGCAUAUAGUCCCAAUUUAGUCUGUCGAAGGCCUUCUCCGCGUCUAGCGCUAGGAGGAGGCCUUCGCCUUGGUUGGCUUGAGCGUGUGCUAAAAUAUUAAGGAUUUUCCUGGUAUUAUCUGAGCCUUGUCUCGUUUUCACAAAGCCAGAUUGGUCAUUGUGUGUGAGUUUUGGGAGAAUGUUGGAUAAGCGAUUCGCUAGUAGUUUAGCGUAAAGUUUAACGUCUCCGUUUAGCAAGGAGAUGGGCCUGAAAUUGGGACAUUGCGUAGGUGAUUUCCCUGGCUUCGGGAGGGUGGAGAUGUGAGCUCUCAGCAUCUCAGGGGGUAAUGAGCCUCUUUCAAAGCAGUGGUUAAAUAGUUUAAGUAUGUGAGGCGAUAGAGUGGGUGCAAAUGUUUGAUAGUAGAGAUUGGUGUAACCGUCUGGGACGGGUGAUUUGUGUUUAGGCAGUUGUGCUAUCGUUUUCGUUAUUUCUUCUAUCGUGAAUGGUGCGGAUAGGGAAGCUAUAUCAUCUGGUGUCAGUUUGGGGAGGUUCGCCUCGGCCAAGAAAUCAGUGACAGUUGAUGCGUGAGGUGGUGUAGUGUCUGGGUCGUCUUUAAGGUUAUAGAGCGCACUAUAGUAGGAAGCGAACGCAUCCACUAUAUCCUGCAGGUUUGUGAGUUUCUUUUUCGAUUUGUCGAUUAUGUAGGCUAUUCUAGAGUUGGCGGUGCGCGCUUUGAGUCGCGUUGCCAGUAGUGCCCCUGCUUUGUUACCUUGUUGAAAGAAGUUGUAUUUGAACCGUUUGAGCAUAUGGGUCGUUUUCUUUAGUUCCAUUUCCCUGAGUUUCGACUGUAACGUUAAGAGCCGGUGUUGUGUAGUUUGCGUGGGCGUUGUCUUGUUGUUGUGUGUAAGGUUUGCUAUCUCGGAGAUUAAUGCAUUGUAUUGUUUAAGUCGUUGUUUUUUGGCAUAGCUGCCCGCCCUAAUUAAGUGCCCACGUAUGACGGCUUUGUGUGCUUGCCAUAAGGUGGUUAUGUCUAUGUCUGGGGUAGAAUUUGUGUGGAAGUAUGAGAUGAGAUCUGCUCUCAGUUGUUCUGUGAGUGUCGGGUCUAGGAGUAGGGAGUCGUUAAGCCUCCAGGAUCCUUUGCCUGAGGUAGGGAACUGUUCUGCGAUGGUUAGCGUUAUAGGGGCAUGGUCUGACCAUGUGAUCAAGCCUAUGUGGGCCGUUACAAUUUUAUGGAUUGUUGUGGAGGGUAUAAGGAACCUAUCUAUCCUCGUAUAGGUGUUGUGUGCCGAUGAGUGGAAUGUGUAGUCCCGUUCCAGAGGGUGGAGGAUUCUCCACGGGUCGAGGAAGUUAUUAUUUAGGAUUUGACGGCAAUGUGAGGAGGUGGACCUGUUAAGUUUGCGUGUGGAUGUUGCAGAAAGUUUAUGUGUUGAAGUGGUGUCUAGUGUGCUGUCUAGGAUAAAGUUCGUGUCUCCACCGAUAAUGAGUUCCCCAUAUCGAUACAGGUUUGCUAGGGCGAACACAGUGUCCAGGAAUUCUGUCUGGUUCGUGUGCGGGCCGUAUAUGUUGAGAAACGUGUAAGGCUCAUUGUUAACGAGACACUGGAGCAGGAGAUAUCGUCCCUGUUUGUCCCCUAUUUUUUUGAUUAAGAGAAUGCCACCGAUUUCCCUAUUAGUAUGGACACUCCUCUCUUUUUUGUCUUAAAGCACGAGUGGUAGUCGUGGGGGAAUAGUUUGGAACUGAGUUUGGGGCGAUGGCCCCAUUUGAAAUGUGUCUCCUGGAAGAACACUACGUGUGCGUUGUGUUUUUUUGCCUCUUCCAGCGCUAGUCGUCGUUUGUGCGGCGAAUUGAAACCUUUGACAUUUAAUGACAAUAUGUUGAGCGUCAUUUGUGCACAUAGUAGUGGGCAGCUGUGUGUAAUUCUAUACGGAACGCUUGCCCUUCGCAUUGUGUGGGGGCAUCGGUGGCAUUGUGGUUGUGUUCUGGUCCCUGUUGCGUGGGUAUCAUUGAUUCCGCAUUGUUUGGGGUACAAAGAUAGUACAGUGGGGUGGUGAGCCUCCUUGUUGUCAAGGAAAUAUCGGGUGUUUGGUUGAUGUAGUUCGUAUAAUGGGACCUAUAAGGGUUAGUGGCAUACCCCAACUGGUUGGGUGGUCUAAGAUGUGGUGCGCAGCUUGUCAUGUAUUUAAGUGGAUACUCUAGAGGGGUAAGGGACUGGGGAAGUAGGGGCGGGUACCAGGAAUGAGUCUCGUGGUAGGAUAACAGGGUAACGAGAACUAUAUACAAGAAACCGUCAUAGUGAAAGCCAUGUGGCUGGGACGGUGGGAACAUGGCUCCAUUGAGCCUAAGGGGGGGGAAGUUGUGGCAAACCACUGUGGUCGACCCUCGGGGUUGUUAGGGAUCUGCGUCUGUCGUUGGGCCUCGUUUACCUCGGCUCUGGUCUUCGAGCAAGUGACCUGGUGUAGUGUCAAUGUCUAGCUGUGGGGGAAGCUAGGUAUCGCGGCAUUGUUGUCAAAUCAGUUGUUCCAUGUACCUCCUAGUGCGGGGGGGGUGAGUGGGCCGUCCGGGAGCGCGUGGUGUAGCUCAUGUCCCCCCUGUUGGCAUCGCCGCAGCGGGGGGGGCCCAAUACCUAGGGCUCCGCCAUCGCCACGAGGCCAAAGAAGCAAGUUUUACCCCCCCCAGCCCUCCCCUCGAUCUCCCAUGACCCCCCACCGCCUAAAGAGGGACCGCAUACCUAAAAAAGGGUAGAAGACUUGUACGAUAAACAUUCGGCGGCCCUCAGGUGCGGCAGAGAUGCCGGGUAUAAUAAAAAAUUUUGAUUAAAGACUGAAAGUCAAGGGCUGGGAGAAAGGACAUGUUGGAAUUCUAUCUGAGGGAGCGAGCAAAGUGGCAUGGAUAGAGUCCGCGCACGGGGACAAUGGUGGGCCGGUGCGUCUUUAGUGUUAAGGGAACGUGCAGCCUCGCGGCAGUGGGGGAAGUUAGGAGACCCAUCACCGCUGCCCUGUCAGUUAUUCGACAGUCCUCUCGGUGCAGGGAAGCGUAUAGGGCCGCCUGUGGGUGCACUUUGUGUGCCGCUCCUCUUUCCCCUUGCAUCGCGGCGAUGAGGGGGCCCAAUGCCCGGGGCCCCGUCACCGCCACGAGGUCCAUCAAGCAAGCCCGUCUACCAUCAGUUGCACCCCCAUCCUCCCAUCUAAAGAAUACCUAGUAUGGUAAACGUUUGGCGGCCCCUGAGUGUAGUAAGAAAAUAGAGAAGAAUAUAGUUCAAAGUCUGAGACUGCAAAAAAAGGCAUAAGAGAGCAACAUAACGGCAAACAAUUAGAAGUAUACGGAUAAAGUCUUCACAUGGGGAAAGUUUCGGGCUAACGUGCCCUAGUGUUAAGGGGACAGGCCGCAUGUACGGCUGUGGGAAAGUCACUUAGCUGAGGCUGCUGAGUUCCAUUCGGUCGGCACUUUCCAUGGAGGUCGCCGGCGUUCGAGUGGGGCCCCUCGGUCAGGUUGUGGGGGUAUGGGAAUGUUCCACUCUGCAAGGAGUUUCUUCCCCUCCUCCACAUUGGUGAUAUGGCGAUUCACUCCAUUGCGCCGGAUAAUUAAACGGGCCGGGAAUCCCCACCGGUAUAAGACGUUCGCAUCCCGCAGAGUCCUGGUGAUGGCGGCAAGGUCUCUCCUCUUUGACAAUGUGGAUGCGGAGAGGUCUGUGAAGAGCUGGACCUUUGCAAAUUUCACCGGUAAGUCUUGGGUGUGCCUAGAGGCUUUCAUUAUGCAGUCUUUCGUAGUGAAGUAGUGGAGUUUAGCAAUCGUGUCUCUCGGGAUUGACGCGGGUAGAGAUUUCGGUUUUGGCAGCCUAUGGAUGCGGUCAAUGAGGAAGUCUUGUGGGGUGAGGUCCGGAACCAAGUGUUGGAAUAGACUCCUGGCAUAGGCCUGGAGGUCCUGGGGCAGAACUUCCUCUGGUAUGCCGCGGAGGCGUAUAUUGCUGCGCCUAUCUCGGUCUUCGUGGUCCGCUACUUUCGCUGUCAGGCGGUCUAGUUGCUCUUUCAUUUCAGUGUAGGCAUCUGCCAGAGUAUUGUGUGCCGAGAUUAUUUCAUCAGAUUUAUCUUCCAGGCGGGAAGUCCUGUCUCCCAAUGCCUGGAUGUCUGCUCUGAUUUCCCUCGCCAUUUUGGACAUAUCUGCCUGUAGUGAGGCUUGCAUAGUUUGAAGCAUCUUGUGUAUUGACAGAUCUGUGGCUGGUGCUGCAGCCGGUUCUGAGAUUGAGGUCAGGUCGCUGUUGUCAGAGUAUGCCGCCGGAGAUCUCGGCGGCUCGGCGCCAUCUUGGUUUUGCAAGUGUGGUGAGGAAAGCCCCUGGAUCUGCAGCAAGGUUUGUUUGGGCUUGGGUUUUCUGGCAGAUUUCGAUGCCAUGGCUAUAUGGUUGUUUGUGCAGGUUCCUGCGUGGGUUAAGAGGCAUACAAUGCUAGUAUAAUCGCUGUGGAGGGUCGGAUCCCGGAGGAGCUAACAGCUCAUGCGACCGUUCAGUUGAGCCGUCAGGCCACGCCCUACCUAGUUUUUUUUAUUGGUUUUGGUCAUAAGUAUUGUAAUUGAAAGGAAAGCAUAUUUAGGUGUACUGGUUGACCUGUUCAUUAAUGAAAGGUUUUAUUAUAUUAUAUAAAUGAUUUUAUUUACUUUCUAUUCAUGAGUCUAGCACUAUCGACUGAUUACUGUAAUGAUGUAUUACAAUCUAAAGGGAUUGUUAAAGGAACACUCCAAGUACCAUACUCACUAUAGCUCCCUGAAGUGCUCACAACGCCAGGAGUGUCUUGGUACCCCUAUUGUCCCAACAUUUUACAAAUGCCUUGACUUCUUCCAAUGAGUUUGACUGGGUGACACUCUCCCUCCACUACCAUUGUCAGAGAGCCACAUGUAUCUAAGCAGGAACUGAAUGCAUCAGGCAACAGUGAUUCUUUACAAUGACAAAUCUCAUUCUAUAUAAAAGUCUCACAGGUAUAUUAUUUUAUCUCAGUGUUCCCGUUUCUGUUCUACACCUUCUGUUUCUGUUAUUCUUUACCAAGCUAGAGCCCCUUUCAAGCACACACAUACUGUUAGGUUUUGGCACAUCACUAGAGACAUGCACUUUCCUUUAUAUUCAAUAUAUUGGUUCAAUAUGCAUUAUUCACUACAUGCUUUCUCAUGCAGUGUUUUUAGUGAAUAAUGAGAUAAAAAAUAUGUGCAUAUCUCCCAAGUAGCCUGGAUCACUAUCAUCUUCCUGGAUUUUCCUCUGGUGUUCCACUUUUCAGGGACAACAGGGAAAAUCCUCAAAACACUCACUGAACUAGACAUUGAUUGUACUUUUUAUCAGGCAAUAACACCUCUAGCAUUUGCAAGAGCUUCUGCAGUGCUCUGUGCUUAUGAGAGUGACUGUUUGGAUAUCUAGCAUCCAGUGUGUCACAUGCAAGUAGUGCCCUUGCAUGUGACAUCACUGGCAACCCCAAGUGCAGUCUCUCUCCAUUUUGAUUUCAUAGAGUGAAAAGUUUGUAUACACGAGGUAAAAACCUUGAGGUAAUACCUUAAUGUUUUGGCAAAAUGUUGUUUUUUUUUUGUUGCUCAUUUAACCCCUUAAGGACCAAACUUCUGGAAUAAAAAGGAAUCAUGACAUGUCACACGUCAUGUGUCCUUAAGGAUUUAAAGGAUAUUAGCUAUCCGUCCAGUAAAAAAAUAAUAAAGCAAAAGAAAAAAAUUAAUUUCAAAGCUCAGGAAGAGAAAGUCAAAACAAACAAAAUUAGGUUUAUUGCAUAUUGUUUGUUAUUGCUAGAUUUGUUGCAUGUAAUAUUUACUUGAAUAUUGAAGAUUGAAAUUGACUAAAAUUUUAAAUAAUUUUUGACCCUUUAAAUGAGUAAAUAAGUGCAUCAUGUGUCAAAAGUUGCUGUCAGUAAAUUACAACAAUACAGUUUAUGUUGCCCUAAUUAAAAGAUAUUUAUUAAUGCAGGGUGAUAAAGUUGGCGAGUUGAUCCUACAUCAUGCAAGAGCCAAUCAAUGCAGCGAUGAGGAAGGGUUCAAGUUGCAGAUGGCUGAAUUGGUGAAUGAUGCCAGGAACAAUACAAUCACUCUGGGAAAAGUAAGUUUAGGAUUGCAUCUUUGAAUUAUAAUAUUCUUUAUAAAUGGAUAAUAAUAUGGAGACCUACAGCCCCUUCAAGUCAAAUUAAGUGAUGGAUUGAAUUGUUUUAGUAUUUUACUACAAAAAAUGUGAAGGGAAAAAAUAAUUUUGUGUUCACUUGUUAAAAACAUAUAUGCUUUUUUGCCUUCUCAAAAAUAUUUUGCAUAUCUCUGUUUGUUUUUUCUCUCUGUGUCAUACCAUAUCUAUAUUUAUUAAAGUCAAAUGAUUGUUUUGUGUGUCUUCUUAGCUUCAAGUUGCAGUUUUGCUUUCUCACGUUUUCCGACUUCUGAUGACACACAAGGUAAUAGAAUUUCACUUAUUCAACAACUAUGUCCUUUAAUUAUGCAAUGAAUACAGAGUUACAUGUUCACUUCACAUUUCUGAGAAGCUGGUAAAAUAUAUUCAGCAGUGUAACAAAAUGUAUGUCUGUUUAUUUGCAGGUAAAGCUGGAAAGCAACUUUGCAUCUAUCGUGUUUGCCAUUUUGGUUUUAGAAGGGCUUGGACGGUCUUUAAAUCCAGAAAUUGAUAUUUUGGAAGCAGCAAGACCGUUGCUAAUUAAAAAGGCAACUUCUCUUAUUUAGAAAUUUAGUUUUCUUGUGUGAAUUGUAACCAGGAGAGAAAAUGUGAAUUUACUUUUAACAGGAAUGGAAGCUUUCAUAUGGGCAUUUGAACAUUUUUAAUACAUGUAUUUGUGAGAAACUCUCGUGAAUGAUGUUAGUCUGGUGCUACUUGACCAAGCAUUUGUUGUGCUGUUUUAUGUUCUUCCCUGGGACAUCUGCAUUACCAGUUGCAGAGUCCCAUUAACCCUUUGUGGUCCUAUGUUGGAAUAUUUCCGACAAAAUUGUUUACCUCUUGCGGUCCAAUGGUGGAUUUUCCCUGGAGAGUACCGCUCAUGGGCUACCUAGCUAAGAGCUUCAAUUGCUAGAUCUAAGCUUACAGGCAGGGCCAGCUCUACCUUUUGUAUUUGUCUUUGUAUAUUGUAUGAUCUUGUAAAGCUGCGGAAUUUGUUGUCGCUUUAUAAAUACCAGUAAUAAAUAAAUAAUACUCCGUCCCGGGUGUAUUGCAUGUGCGCGAUGCUCACAGGCUGGGAAGGCCUGGCACUGAGGAUUGGCGGGACUCUUCAGGGGAAAUCCAAAAUUGGACCGCAAGAGGUAAAAUAUUUUGUUGAAUAUAUACAGUGCUGACCUGCAUUGUAACUACUGCUCGCACGAUAUGUGUGAUAACAUGAUUAUUCACCUCAUUGCUUUGUUGCCUUUGGUGACAACUUAUUGGUUUUGAAAGGCGUGAAAGGAAUGAUGCAACUUUUACUCCAAAAACCAAAUAAUAAAAUAGACACUAAUUGUUAAAUGAAAUAUAUAUAAAUUAAUUACAUUAACUGAAAAAUAAAAAAGACAACUUACUAUACUUUGAUAAAUACAUCUAGUGAUGGUUAAGCUAUGUAGGUAACCGGUUGAUUUUAAUUACUGUUGAAGAACAUCAAGAAAGGGAAUUAGUGCUCUAUAUUUAUUCUUUUCCAGUCCUGAAGGCAUGCAAGGAUGAUUUUGUUUUUAUGUUUUAAAGCUAUUUUAUGCUAGAUGAUUUUAGAAAUCGCGUUUGCCUUUAAUUGUACAUUUUUGUUGUUUCCCUAUGAAAUGAAUUGUGUUUAAAAUUUUGCAUUAAAAAAGGGAAAAAAAUUGUGAUUUGUGCAAAACAAAACAAAAAAUGUGUAUAAAGGAAAGCGUUUCAUGAUUUGUAAUGUGUGAAUAUUAAAUCCAUUCGCUCCGGUCUACUCCUAUUCUGCUUUUAUAAAACGCAUCUGUUUAAAUUUACAAUAUAUUUAAGACUUAAUUGGUAUUGUGUAUAUCAGCUAUAAUAUGCAAAUCAUGUGAUCACUCAGUGUAUUGAAUGGAAGCUAUAUAUAGAUAUCUCUUACUAAAUGAAGAUAAGGUGAGAGAUAUCAUCUAAAUAUCAGUUCUACUAUGUUAACCAUUAGAGUCAACUCUCUCCAACUUCGAUGAGAGUUCAUUAAAACCUGCCGGGUUUAACUUAGUGGCUCCUGGUCUUUACAUCUCAUUGUAAUGCCUCUUGUUUUUCUUAUGGGGAGGUGCAGCUUCUAAGUAAGUCCCAACACAGAGCUAAUCUUCUGCUUUUCUGGUUGACUGUACUCUCUUGGGGUUAGAUAGGCCUUCAGGUGCCCAUGUAACUCCAAUCAUGUGUCAUUUCCAAAAGGAUCAGUUUUCAAAAACGAAUGAUGCUGGUACUAUUAACCAGGAAGUCGAAACAGAGAUCAAUCCCUGUUUGAAAAUGGCCAUCUCUGAGCUGUGUGGAUGCACAUUUAAGGAAAAAACAGAAAACACAAAUCUAUUCAAGGAAUCAUUAGUGUAGAUUUAAAUGCUUCAUUGAAUAGAACUGUAGGUCCUCUACAUUUCACUGAUUAAAAUUUCAAACUAAACCUUUUUGCAAGUGCCUCACUGUUUAACCUGGUUUCCCCUAUAUACAUACUUGAGAAAAUUGGAGGGUAAUAUGAAACCUUACCCAUUCGUUCUCCUCUUGAAGUUUACAUCCUCACAAGGGAAGGAGAAAGUGCAAAACGAAUAAUUGGUGGAUGCAAUUUGAAUGAAGUGUGGGUGGGACCAAUAAGGAGAAUCAUGGGUUAACACCAUGCUAAUUCUGCCAUCACCCAUGUUUACUUGAUCAUACUGUGCUUUAUUGAUGUGUGUGUAUUACACAGAACUGGUUUCCAUGCAUCUUUUAAAGUGAACCUGUCAUAUAAAAUACACACACAUUAGUCACUCCAUUCCUAUACUCCCUAGCCUAUGCUAGCAGCGUUGGCUGGGGAUCUUCCAUAGCAAUCGCACUGAUUUUGCUAUGUUUGAGGGAGCAGAAGGACUGCCUGUGGUGGGAGGUCUUUUCUGUGCUCUUGUCAGUCAGACUGUCAGCAUAGAGUCUAUGCUGAAGAUUUGACAGAGAAGUGUGAGAAAGUCCUACUUUUAAAUACAUCACACACACACACAUACAUACAUAUACACACACUAUUGUUUUUAUAUGAUUAUUAUGAAGUUCAGUCGCUCUUCUAUGAGUCAAACUAUUCAGUAGCUAGCCAAGUGUGAUUGUUGAUUAAUACUUUUACAAUGGCUGUUUUAAAGUCACUGCUCUGCUUAUUAACCAACAACUCUCCAGUGUCUACACAAAAGUUUCCCUUAACAGUUAAUAUGAGCUGUAUGUAAAUCACUAAUAUAUAUGACAGGAUUUCUAUAGGGCCUUUGCUGAUCGGAGAGUUUGUAGGUUGCGUUCCUUCAGGUAGUGCUGCAGCUCCUUGUCCUUUUGGGACUCCUGUUCCACCUCACGGUAAAAUUGCUCCAGCUGUUUUGAAACUCUGCGCCGUGCACUCUCCUUCAGCUGCUGAUUUUGGUGUUGCUGUUGAAUAUCUGAAUCCUUUUUUCUUGCUUGAUUGAUCAUUCUGUCC